AGUAGAGAAGCCAGAGGGUGAUACAGUAACACAUAUGGCGAUUCAGUUGGGGAACUUGGUAGAAUCGAUCAAGUCGAAGGUGAGAUCUCUGAAGAAAUCCAAGAAACCUUUCAUAAAGAUGGAGAAGAGCUCCAGCGUUAAGGUUGAGAUCCGAAGCAAGCUGGCCAGAAAGCUUAUCGACAAAAAUUUGAAAGUCGCCGAUCGUCCCGGAAAGAGAAGCAUCUCUUGAAUCUUCAG